GUUUAACGUUGCAGUAAUCCGGUUCAGACGUGACAAGUGCGGCCGACUGAACCCAAAUUGAGACCUGGUACCUGUCUUUCGGCUCUACAAACUCUCUGUUCCUGUUCAAGUAGCGUGCCGGACGUCUUCUCAGGGCCAUGGUGGACUGAUCCGGGGUACAACGGGAGGUUUCAGCGCAGCGGGGGAACUGGUCUUCAGCAAAACCGGGUCUGCACCGUCUGCUUGGGGUGAUGUUUUGGAUGAGCAGCGAGUAGCCUGACGCGGCUCCUCUCUCAGCAGGCCGGGACGAGCCCUUCAGCGGAACCCGGAGGACCCAGGCAGGCAGCCACAUGGGAGCAGCGAAAGCCUGCCGAGGCCUCUGGUAAAACCGGGUGCUGUGGUAGAGUUAGCCCGCCCCAAUCCGCCUCACCUGUUCCUGUGGAGAGAGGGACCCGACCAGCCUUCACGGUGGAAACCAGAAGAAGAGCGAAGGUAGAGUAAACCUGAGUUAAACCUUCAGACCCUGACUCAGUGAGGAUGAGGGUCUGCUGUGAGCUGCUGCAGUCAAAGUCUCAUCCUCCUCAUCAGGGCCGGAUCCAGGAGUCAGUUCAAGGUGGCCUGAGCCCCUCCUGGAUUAUGAUUGGCCACCCUGCCUCCUAAAUAGACGAAAGCAACCCAUCUGGGUACUUAAAGGGAUAUUCCAGCGUAAAGUUAAUUCAGGGUCAAACACACCGUAACACCGAGUUAGACACCCCCUUGAGAGAUAAAUGUUGCCGACUGCUUGCUUCUGUAGUUAUUCCAACUUUAGAAGUGACCGCAGAUAGCAGUGCAGAGAGCCACACGCUCAACCGAAACGUCACUCUAUAGCCACAAAUAAUGCUCAGAACAGCACCUAACUUAAUCAACAGUACAUAUAGGGUCUAUAUGGGCAGUCGCUUGCUUGUAGCAAGGCCUCGGGCCAGUCCAUUAUGGUUCCUGUGGGGUGACGCAGCUCAAGGAAGAACAUUUAUGAUCAUUGCUUCAUGGAAAUGCAAUCAGACCGAGAUGCUAAGGCAGACAAACUACUGCGUCUGCAGUGCAAAAUUAUGAAUAUGGUGAUUAUUACUUAAAAGGAAAUGAUAAAGUAAUGAUCAUUAAUGUUCUUCCUUGAGCUGUGUCACCCCGCUGUAGUCCAUAAUGGACUGGCCCUAGGUCUCGCUACAAACAAGCGGCUGCUGGAAGAGAGUAGGUGGGUUGUGUUUGGUCUCUUUGCUGAAGAAAUAAGGCAAAGUUAAAAAGAUGUUUGAUGACUAGUGCUAUGGCUGGGACCCUAUAUGUACUGUUGGUAAAGUUAGGUGCUGUUCUAAGCGUUAUUUUUGGCUGUAGAGUAGUGUUUUGGUUGAGGUUUGUUUAUGGCCCCUUAGACCACUGUGUAUUGCUAUCCUGUGGUUGUUACUAAAGCUGGUAUAAAUAGAGAAGCAAGCAGUCGACAACAUUCAUCUCUCGAGGGGGUGUCUAACUCGGUUUUACGGUGUGUUUGACUCUAAAUUAAUUUUAUACCAGAAUAUCCCUUUAAGUUGUGGCCCCAACCCCCUUUUUGGGUGAAAACAGUUCUUCAAAAAUGAAUGGUGGUCAAUGGAAACUCUGGGAUCUUAGAAAAAUCUGACACAAGGGGUGCAAAUUAUCACUGUAUUGAUUUACUGAGGUCAAGAGUGCCAUGCAUUUGUCAGGUUACGCUUUCUGAUCCAGCAGAAAAAUGCAGACUACUUCAGAUGGGCUGCAGUGCAAAUACAAACUUCUCACCCAAGUUUGAUCAAAGACUCAAAUGUCGAGUAAAAAGUGACAGAAUCUGGCCUUUUACAUCAGCCAUCUGAUCUCUAAUAAUCACCAUUGGCUGUUUAAAACCCACAAUGGUCAACCACCUGUAAAUACAUCCGUCUGAUGUGUGUGCAGAUACACAUUAUGUCAUCCCUGCUCAUGUUAGUGCUCUAUUCAGGCCACGCUGUAGACCUGCCCCUGAACAUACUUCAGCAUCCAAGAAUGAAAUCAGAAGAAAACUGAAUACAGCACAGUUCAGAGAAGCAGACAAGAGUUAUCUGGGUCAUAGCUGUUCAAGUCCUCUCUCAUACACCAGCUUGCCACUGAUAAUUACUCAUUGUUUCACUCUGUGGUAUUCCUGUUUUUUUCUCAUCUUUAACUUUUCGUCAUUUGGGGUUUGAAGCCUUUAAGUUGUGUUGAACUCUGUGUUGUGUAUCUACACUGUGUUUACCACAGAUGAAUGCCGUGCGGGGGGGCACAGUCACCUGGCGUCCCCAGCCGUGGCAGGAUGGAGACGGUGGAGGAGGAGAGCCUCUGUCAGACAGUGACUCAGAGGAGGAGGACUUCCCCGAUGACAGCACCACACCUUUAGGAGACUACAUUACACAUGGUGAGAGGGGGAAUGACGAGGCUGCAGGGGGGCAUUAUUAAGAGAACGUUGAAACUGAGUUUAUUUACCCAUCAUCCUCUUCCUUUAACACAUCUUCAUCUUUCUGCUCUGCAUUAGGACUGAAGCUGCUCCUGGACGCUCAGCAGUUGUGUGAUGUUACUCUUCUUGUCGAGGGAAAGAAGUUCAUGUGUCACAGGUAGGAGCGAGAUGUUAAGAGGCUGAAAAACAAACAUUCAAUGACGUUUUGUUCCUCAGAAAUAAAGGAGAGUUGUUUAGCCCGGGCUGCAGCAUCGAGUAGUUUUGUAUUGGAAGAUUUUUGUAUCAAAAAAUUUUUUAAUGCAUUUCUUUCCCCUGUUUUGCCACCACUAAACAACAAUAUUUAAUUUCUAAAUGCACAAUGUGGCCAGCAAAUGUUAAUGAUAUUCAUAUAUUCUUCAGGAAAAAACAAGAUGUGCUAAAAAAUUAUCCUUUUUUUCAUAAAUAAUUAAGAUUAGUUAAAUAAAUCUAAAUAAAUCAUUUUAGCAGGAAUAUCAAAAGUACAUAUAAAAUUAAUGUCAACACUAUCACAGGUUGUCCUGUGAUCACACGCUGCAGACACAUCAGCAGUGCUCAAUCAAAAGGUUAUUAUCAUCAUCAUUUGUGAUAUAAAUAUAAUUUGUAUUUUUGAAACAUCUUUUUCACAUUAAAAUUUCUCUGUCAGCAUCCAGCAGCAAUCUCAUAGCUUUUAUCAAUAACUGAGGAUAAACAGGGGAAUAAACAAGGGAAUACACUAGGGAAUAAAGGUCACUAACGUGAUGCACCAAUGAAGUGCAAAUGAGGCGCUUUGCACUUUUGAUUGCUGGAAGAAUGGGACACACUCGUGCACUCAAGUGUCUAAGUGUGAUCAAGUUUGAUCAAUCUUGUAUGACAGGACAGCCAAAUGGUGUUUGUUACCGCAACACCGAUUGAAGCACAGUGACCUUCUCGAACUUUUAGUUAUUCACCCUGUCAUAAAGUCCUGGUCCUGGUAGGCUGGUUUCAGUGUUGCUGACCUCCUGUGUAGUCAACAGAGAUUCGGUGUGCUCCUCUGUUGAAUUUUUGUUUGCCUUCAAAGCUGCUGAAAAUCAGCAUUGUUGUGAAGUAAUAAUCAGAAAAUGCUGUAUUUCACAGUCAUGUGGCAAAUGGACUCCUGAAAUUUGCUUGCCAAACUGAAAAUCCGUCUGCAUUCUGUGUUAAAAAAGCAUGAUUUUUUAAAAUCCUGCAUUGUUUUAUUUGGAUUUUAUUCAAAAGUUUGAUAUUAUUUUUGUGUUAAAUGUUGUAAAAUAAGGAAUCUGAGAAGGGCUUAAAGGUCAGGAUCAAGGAGAAGAAGUUUCAUGAGUGACAUUUGUUUCUUUUACCCCACCAAAAAUGUAUCCACUUCAAAAACCAAAAAUGGAUCUGGACUGAAGUUUUCAGAGGAUAAACCCAUGGUGAUUAAGACCUGACAGAGACAGUCAACCCCUAUGUUAGUCUGUUUCUCUUUGUGGCCCCUCAGAGUCCUCCUGGCGGCCGUGAGCCCGUACUUUCGGGCCAUGUUCACCAGCCCUCUAGUGGAGUCCCGCCUCACUGAGAUCCGACUGGAAGAAGUGACGCCAUCCGUCAUGGAGACUGUGAUCCAGUUUGUGUACACGGGUGAGGCCGGACUCUGUCUGGACACGGCGGAGGAUUUGUUUGUGGCCGCCAACCGACUCCAGGUCAUGCCUCUUCAAGAUCUGUGCUCCAGGUAAAUCAGCUGUGAAGUUAAGAUUCAGCCUUUUAUUCUCCUUCCUGUCGUCUCUCUCGCCACUUUUCUCCUUUCUUCUCUCUCCAGGUUUCUGUUUGAGCACCUCUCCGUGGAAAACUGUCUGGGGAUGUACUCCUUGGCUCGCUCUCAUCAUGACCAGCUGCUGCUGCGCGCCUCCUUGCGGCUGGUCGCUCAGCACUUCCCACGAGUGGCCCGACAGAAGGACUUCCUCCUGCUGGAUCACGGCACCUUGGGCAGCCUUCUCAGCUCUGACCGUCUGGGGGUGGACUCUGAGGCGGAGGUUUACGAUGCAGCACGACGCUGGGCGGAGCAUCAACCCUUUGAUCGCUACGCUCACAUGCCGGCGCUGCUCCACCACCUACGUCCAGGGCUGCUGUCUCUGGAAGAGAGCCGGAGACUGUGCCAGGAGUUAGGACCUGCUGCAGCUGGUGAGGGUCUCGGAGGACCUCUAAGACCUCGGGAGGGAAUGUUUGAAAAGAAGAUUGUCUGCGUGGACCUGACGCCUCGGGAGGAGGAGAAUUUAGCCAUCAGAGACUACACGGUGGACUGCUUUGACCCUCGGACAGGGAAGUGGGAGAAGAUUGCAGCGCUGGGCUCUCUGGUCAGUCCUGGCUGCACGGCUGUGGGGGACCGGCUGUUUGUGGCAGGCGGGAUCCUGCGGACAGGCUCUGUGUCUGCAGCCGUGCAUGAAUAUGAUGCAGUGCUGGACCGCUGGAUAGAGCGGCCUUCUAUGUUCCAGCCUCGAGCCAUGCUGGGUCUGCUGGGCUGCGGAGACUCCCUCUAUGCUCUAGGUGGUUGUAACCGCUCAGCACUGCUGGACUCCAGUGAGAUCUUGGAGCUGGCCACGUUCCAGUGGGUCCCAGGACCGCGGUUACCACUUCCUUUGCGCGCCUUCGCUUGUUCAGCUCUACGAGGACGGCUUUACAUUCUUGGUGGAACCACGCUAGAGCAGAACCGAGCUGUAGUCCACUCUGGCGUUCUCAUUUAUCACACCCUCACGGACUGCUGGACACGUGUGUCUUUGGACUCUGGCGCCACCUGCCUCGCUGGAGGAGUGGCUGUUCGAGGUGGCGUUUGUGCCAUUGGAGGUUACAUGAGAGAUACCACAAAGUUCCUGGAUGGAAACUACACCAACCUGGAGACUCUGGACGCCACAGGCCGUGUGCUGUUUUUCAGAGAGGGUAGGGGGUCAGGGGUGGAGAGAGAGGUAACUGGGGGAGGGGUCAUGGUCAGCGCAGAGCAGCGUGGAGGUGCAGGAGGGGGGAGUGACAGAGCUCCGAGUCCUGUGGUGUUUCCUGGGCUUCCCCGGCGGAUAGCAGCAGGGGGCGUGGCCAGGUGGAAACGCAGGAUUUACGUACUGGGUGGGGAGAACGGCUCACGGUUCUAUGACAGUGUUUACUGCUGGAAGCCCGGCUGGCGCAGCUGGGUCCAGAGACGAGAGAAACUCCCUGGAGACACUGGAGGGGUGAGCCAGUUUGGGUGCACCACUUUAAAGUUCCCCAAGAAACACAUCCUGUCCAGACUGAGACUAGCCAAAGAAAACUGUAAGAAAGCUGCAGAUUAG